AUGGGUGACGUCUACAGAGAUUCUCGCUAUCGCGAAUGGGAGCGGGAUGACCGUGGCUCCUCAGACGAUGAGCGCUAUCGCAAAACUACAAUCCGAAGAUACAAAGUCACACCUAGCAAUUACGGAGGAUCUUCCGAGUACGACGAUGGACGAUCCCACGCUUCCCGCUAUGGCCGCGGUCCCAACGACUUUGGAGAACAGGACCGACGUUCUCAGGCCCCAGGCCGCCCUCACUCUGCAUUUGGAGGCGCUCCUUCGCAAGCUAGCUUUCACGAGGACCGUGGCCGAGACACAGCUCCUCGAUCCUUCAUUUACGAGAAGGAAUACGAGCGAGAUACUUACGGAGGGCAACCAGCUCCCCCACCUAUGCCGAUGCCUGCGCCUUCCCAAGUAGGCGGAAAUCGCGCGCCAGUUUACGCAGAGACCAAAGAGGUUGAGCGUGAUUGGGAACGACGAUCUCGUUUUGAUGCUUUGUUCGAUGAUGAUGUCAAGGUUGAGAACCAAAUGGUCAAGACCGAGCGCCGAGACAACGGCGAUUACCGCGUCGAAAGGCGAGUCGAGGAGCACAUUGACGACACUCACGGCUGCGAUGUUGAGCGAAUCCGCAAGGAAACAGAGUACUACACACCUUACGAUCCUCCGCCUGCACCAGCUCCCGUCAUUAUUCGACAGCGCGCGCCUGAACCACAGAAAAUCAUUGUUCAAGAAGCGCCUGCUCCACAGCCUCUUAUUAUUUCUCCUCGCGCGCAACAGCAGCCCGGUGUGGUUGUUAUUAGAGAGAAAGAGCCUGCCCCACAGCAAGUUGUUGUCCGAAGAGAGCAUCGACAUCAUGAGCACCGACACGAGCACCGCCACGAGCACCGCCCACGACCUCAGGAUGAGGAGUACUAUUACCGUCAUGAACACUGGGACUCCCGUGGAGAUCGUCGAUACGCGGUUGAGAAAUAUGACCGUAGAGGAGGUCGUGACCAUGGUCAUUACAGCGAUGAUGAAGAUUAUUACAUGCGACGCAAGGUGGUUCGCCGUCGCGAGAGCAGUGAAGACUCCCACCACAAGCGACAUCUGGCAGAAGGUGCUCUUGCUGGUGCUGGUAUCACAGCUCUUCUUAACGGCCGCCGCGAUAGCUAUGGCGAGUUGCCCGAAAACCGUGGUCGCAAGGUCAUUGCUGGAGCUGCCCUCGGAGCUCUCGGAACUGAAGCAUUGCGCAGAGCGAAGAGUGCUUACGGUGACCGCUGGCACGAGGACGAAUCCCCUGAUCGUUCUUCGCGUCUCAAGCAGGGUCUUGGAAUCGCCGCUGUAGCUCUAGCUGCUGCUGGAGCCGCCAAGUACUACCAAUCCAAUAAGAUUGAGAAGGAGGAGGCGAUCCGGGGCAGAAGCCGUGGUCGUCGUGGUUAUCACUCUGAUGAUUACUCGCGCUCUCGUUCGCGCUCCAUCAUCCGAAGAACCACAACCACGACCAAGAGCACCAGCCGAGGUACUAGCCGCCGUCGCAGUCUGUCGACCGCUGCCAAGGCUGCUUUGGGAACUGUUGCUGCUGCAGGUGUUGCGAAGCAUUUGCGCGACAGAUCCAGAUCCAAGUCUCGAGGUCGCAGCAGCAGUAGGUCAAGCAGCUCGCGCAGUCGCAGCCGAUCAAGGUCCCGCAGCAAGUCCAAGCUUCGCCGCGGCGCUGAGAUCGCGGGUGCGGCUGUAGCAGCAAAGGCCGCGCACCACGUUUGGAAGAAGCGCAAGGACAAGAAGGAGGACGGCAGUGACUAUAGCAGCGAUGAUGAGUACUACCGACGAGGCCCAUCCAGGAGCCGAAGCCGGAGCAGGUCCAAAGCCAGACCCAUUCGUUCAGAGCGCGGGACUGAUCCUGAGCUAGGCCCCGCAGUUGAAUACGGUAACGAUCCCCUCGCGCCCGCCGCCUUAACAUCGCGAGGCUACGAAUCAGAAGCAGAGGCAAGGCGUAGACGAUCCAGGCGCGGCCGCAGCCGCUCUGUGUCGUCUAAAGGCUCCGACCGUGAACGUAAACGCAGCAGAAGCCGACUUGGAGCCGCAGCAGCCGCAGGAGCUGCCGCCCUUGGUAUCAAGGAAUACAAGGAGAGGAAGGACAGGGAAAAGAGAGAGCAGCGCUCGAGGGAACGCCGACUUGAACUAGAAAGGGAACGUGAACGAGAAGAUGAGCGAGACCGUCGUGGUCGAGCUACCAGAUCUCCUUCCCGAACCCGAUCUCGAAGUCGUUCAAGGAAACGCUAUGAUGAUUAUGAUGACCGCCGCCCACGCUCACCACCCAUGGCAUCUGGUGGUGCCGGUUUCCCACCUUAUCCUAUGGAUCCUACUCCCUCACCUGGAGCUCCUUAUUCCAACAUUCCGGACAAAAAUCGUGAAUAUCAGCCAUAUGUUCCUCAAGAUUAUACUGGCUAUCCUCCUCCACCUCCUGGACCCCCCCGAGGGCUGUCAACUGGACCUCCGCCGCCAGGACCUCCUGGGCCACCACCUCCACCUGGACCUCCAGGACCUCCACCGGCCGGUGGCCCAAGGCCGCCUGACAAUGUGAGUAAUCCUGUCCACAACCUAGGCUCAAGAAGCCUAGAUGAGGUACUAGAUUCGUCCGAUGACGAGCAUCCAGCCAAAUCGGUGAACUUCGGUCCUCUGUCGCCCAAGAGCUCUAUGACAAUGAAGCGACAUCGUGCUGAAGCAAAGGCCAAAGAGGAAAAGGAGAGACAAGAGCAAGAAGCCCAUGAUAUGCUCCAGGGGCUCGUUAUAUCUGAUAAACCACGCCCGAAGCCGCGUGAUGAUUGGCAAUCCUUGUCAGAUGACGAGUCUUAUUUUAGCCGGCGUCGACGACAUCGAGACGACGAUUUCAGCUCUGAUGAACCUGUCGAAGUCUUGCCUGAUCGAUUUGAUAAACACGGCAAACCAUUAGACAGACGAUCUCGCAGUCGCGGAUGGACAAGCAGAAGUGGUGAAUUUGAACGCAAGCCCAGACAUAAAGACGACUGGGAUAUCAAGGGUGCAUGGCAAGUAGGAGGCACAGACAACGAAGCUGUGGAACAAAUCGUUCGUGGUGUUACCGGAGCACUUGAAGGCAAAGGUGGAUGGCUCGGUAUUCUUGGAAAUGUUCUUGGUGGACUGCACCAGCCAGAGGAACGAGAGGCUAUUACUGAUGGACAUCAUGAAGGACGAAGGCGCCGAAGGAGGCAUCGGGAUUAA